AGAACGCAGUGCAAUUAAAAAUAGAAUCAGCUUCUUUGUACUUUGUUAUUAUAAAAAAUUUAAUCAAUUGAUUCCACUAUACUUACAUUUGAUUACGUCAGAGAUUCUACAAAAAGAGACACUCAACGCAUGUACACUCCAAUAAUCGCAAGCACGCGAUGAGGAAAGACUGUUUUACGGAUUCGCUACUUGCUUUGCAGCUAUGCUUGCUAUCAGAAUACUGGACUGGAGUUAUAUCUUACCGGCACAAUGUUACAAUCAAAAUUUCUCGAUGGAUGAUGCGAUUGACCAUAUCUCGUGCAAAUUUUAAUGACAGUCUAAUUGUCUCAUCGUCGUCGAUAGAUGGACAUUAUAAUUGCGUCCGUAAGACUAAUUGAUUACACUGAUACACCUUUCUUGAACUGCACGCGGUGAAACUCCAUGCAAAUUAAUUUUUUUCAUUUUCGUCAAUGCAGAUUAUGCUACUCGAUAAUCGUUAAAAUUUCGAAAUUUCAAAGGUCGAUUGAGAUAUCACGUAAAAUUUCAAGGUUCCACUGAUAACGAAAGAUUAUACUCUACGUCAAGUUUUUAAUAUAUGCGCAAAUUAUAAUGCACCAAUACGAACAGGAAGUCGUUGAACAAUAAAACGUUUUGUGAAUUCCGAUCGAUAUCUCACGAAAAAUUACUGAAGAUUAUCUUUAUGCCUUAUUAGCUUAUUAUGUAUUUUUAUCUUAAUAAUAAAUAUGUCAUGCUUGAUUUAAAUCAAAUUGAGAGAUAAGAAUUAUUUAAAGUUACUAUAUGGCUCCAACGUGAUUUGCACCAAACUUACAAACUAUUGAAUCGCGAUAGCGUAAAAUUUAUUCGCUCUUCGUAGCCGAAAUCUAACGCACUCUAUUUAUUGCAUGAAUUAUUUUACAAAACAGUGUAGCUGAUUAUCUGUUUUUCCGGAUAAGCAAGCACAAUAUAUCGGCGAUAGAUACGAUCAAUAAUCUAACCUUGUAUUUCGCGAUAACAUGAUGCAUAAAAGCUGGAUCCACUUGGAUUCGGUCACAGUUACGUGUAACCGAUCAGAGAGGAAUUAAUAGAACAAACAAAUACGUUUUCUUCUCCCCAAGUUCGGUUGCAGCAGUAGGCGAUGAAGGGGAUACACGUAAUCGCCAUCGCCUUCCUGGCAUCGUGCACCGUGAUCAGUGCAAAUGAAGAUGCAAAAGACCUGAGCCAGGAUCAAUCUGUUUUGGCGGACACACAUUAUGGCAUUCCUAUAAUAUGCCCGUUCCCAGAAAGAAAUUGGUGGAACACGACGACGAAUCUGCCACACGAAACUGAUUGCACGAAAUUCUACAAGUGCUUCUUGGGUAAACCGAUCCUGCAGGAUUGUCCUCUAGCGUUCAAGAAUGAUCCAAUAAGCAGGCUGCACUAUAAUAGAUUCGAGCAGGUCUGCGACUGGCCAUGGCGAGCCGGUUGCAGCAACUGUCCCCUUGAAGAAGACCGUAGACCGCCGUCUAGGAUAUCGAACAGAAACGACAAUUGCAAUUCAUUCUGGGAGUGCUCAGCAUAUGGAGAGCCGCGUUUGGGUUAUUGUGAACCAGGUCUGUGCUUUAGUCGCACAUGCCAGAGAUGCGUUAGGAACCGAGCGGGCGGAUAUUGUGAUGGACGUGGAGGUCCUAUCUGCAGAGAUGGCCAACGAAAAUCUCAUCAUUGCAACUGCAAUAAGUACUAUGAGUGUCAAGAUGAGGAUUGGUACCUCAGAGAAUGCCAGGGUGGUCUACACUUCGACCCUCGUAGUCAAAGAUGCACGACCCCAGACGAGGCUGGAUGCAUGUAGUGACAGAAAACGAGUAGAACACUGAUUCACUUUGCUGUCCUGCGAGAAUAUCAUCAACUUCGUUGCGAAUCAAAAUCAAAAAACGACUAUUACAUUCUUUCGUCAUAUCUCGGUGUUGGUUCGUCGUUAACUGUCACUCGUAUAAAGAAAUGAGACGUGCGAGUUCCAAUUGGCGCAAAAACUAAUUUUGCUUGGAAAAUUCGGAAAAAAAUCAUCAAGAUUGAAAAUUUGCGGAAAACUACGAGAACUACAAGUAAACUCGUGUCAAAUGAUUCAUUUGAUGUGUGAGCAGGCUAAUUAUAUAUACCCGGAAUGUUAGUUACUUUUAAACGUAGAACAAACAUGAAAAAUAGAAGACAUAUUUUGGAAUGAUUUAUUGUAUUCUUUGAUAGAAAUGAAGAGAUUACAAAAUAAAUUUGUAGGAAUGAUAAUCAUGCAACUUA